AUAUAAACAAACCUGCCUCUGGACAUGUCAUGGCUUAAAAUAGAUGUUCAUAUAUCAGCCUUCCUACAGCAGCGGCGGCAGCGGCAGCAAGAGCUGCAGUAGUAGGAAGACAUGGCCGACUGGAUCUGACUAGAAAACUCACCCUGAGCUGAGAAAUCACAGCCUGCACAAAGCCUCUGAAAACAAUUGGCCAGUGCAGAGCCACUGAUGGGAACAGAGCUGAGAUGUGACACUUUGGACGGGUUCCCAAAUGUUUGGAGGCAGCUCCAGGCAACAGCUGAGGCAACACAUCAACAGCAGCAGCAGCAUUCAGCUGGCUGCACUGAGGAGGAAGGCAGCAAAGAAGAAAAAAUGUUCCCAGGGCUGAUGCUUUGUUACUGAGGCCGGGACGGGACCGUGGGUGACAGCAGCAGCAGCGUCAUCACCCACAGGGAUGCAUUGUGGGUCUCGGGAGCUCCAAUGGCUUUUAUGUCCAGGUUCUCCAGAAGCAGCUCCAGGUCACCCAGCCGGGGGUCUCAGGAAGACGCCAGCAACCACCCCAUCCUCAGUGUCUUUGAGCUGGAGAGGCUGCUGUACACGGGGAAGACGGCCUGUAACCAUGCAGAUGAGGUCUGGCCAGGACUCUACUUGGGAGACCAAGAUAUAGCAGCCAAUCGGCGUGAGCUGGCCCGCCUGCGCAUCACCCACAUCCUCAAUGCCUCGCACAGCAAGUGGAGAGGGGGUGCUGAGUACUAUGAGGGCACCGGCAUCCGCUACCUUGGCAUCGAGGCCCACGACUCGCCCAGCUUCGACAUGAGUCCCUACUUCCACCCCUCAGCUGACUUCAUCCACCAGGCGCUGAGUGAGGGAGGAGGAAGGAUCCUCGUCCACUGUGCUGUCGGGGUGAGCCGCUCGGCCACCUUGGUCCUCGCCUACCUCAUGAUCCGCCACCGUAUGACCCUGGUGGAAGCCAUAAAGACUGUCAAGGACCACCGCGGCAUCAUCCCCAACCGGGGCUUCCUGCACCAGCUGGUCUCCCUGGAUAACUCCCUGAGGCUGAAGCGGCGAGCAUGAGCAGGCAGGGGAGGGGGCGCUGUUCAGCAUCCGGUGCUCAGCCCAACCCUACUGCCAACUGAGCAGCAGACACAGGGCUUUCAUCAUGGGGCAGGUGCUUGCCAGGUGCAGCUGGACUCCCUCGGCCCAUGUCCACCCUGUCCAGUGGGGUCCUCAAGGAGUGGAAGCUAUUCAGAGGGACCCCCAACCUGCAGCCCUGUGGUCUAUGGAGGCCUAACAUGCAACCUCCUUCCAGGCUGCAAGACUUAGUGGUGCACCCUGGCUCUGGGAAGCCCACGUGGGUUGGUUCUGCCAGCGGGCACACCCAGGCAGCAAGCCAGCCCUUCCUGUCAUUGCUAUGAGAUCCAAUCUGUGUGCAUUUCUUGGUGGCAAUGAGAAUUAGGCAUGGCCCAUGGUGUUGUAGACUAGGGGUGCCCUCAAUGUAAAACAUUUACCUGUCAGAAUAAAGUUACUGCAGAGGAAAAACA